GUCGUUCUUAUCCUUAAACACAAUGAGUUUAACAUUUCCCAAUCAAAAUACGGAGCAGGACGUAUCGUGGACUUCAAUUACCAAAUCGCAAAGUGCACAGAUAUUCAUUGCAUGACAAAAAUUUAGAGGGACGUAAGUUUUUCUGCCUUUAAGCAUUGGAAAUGAUGUUAAGACGAGUGCAUUGGUGGGUGUGUCGGCGGAGGGGCGCUGCCAUAUGGGCCCUGAUGAUGGUCAUCGGGACAUGGAUGCUCAUUUACCUAACCCAAAACCGCUUCACUUUUUCAGAGCUGACAACUACGCCAGAAGAAAAGAUUCAUCAAGAGUUGAUGCCAACAUCAAGUGGAAAGAAAAGUAGUAUCCUGAAGAACACAAAGGAUCUGCCAGUGGAGGAUGGGUUUUCACGAGCUGAGUAUCUACGGAGCGCGUGUAAGAACAACAUACAUAGAUCGGGGAACAGAAAGGUCCGAGUAAGUUUCGACCCGCAUGUUAACGCCGUGUACUGUCCGCUGUGUAAGAUCGCUUCCACCUUCUUGACAAGAAUGUUCCGAAUGAUAGCGCUUAAUAACAGGGGUUUACCAAACGGGACUGUGUACACCCCUUUUGACGUGCCUAUCUCCGAUGCACCUCCUUCCACAGAUAAUUUGGACCUUAACAAGUGGACUGUCGGCAACAAAGAUGCAAGUAACAGUUUUCGGUUUAUGUUUGUAAGGAGUCCAUUUGAUAUGCUCUUUUCAGCUUACGUUGAUAAAUUUGUUGGACCUAAUCCUUAUUUCAAUCGGUUUUCACGAGAUAAGAAUAACCAAUGUGGAUAUGCGAAUUUUUCAUUUCGACAACUGCUUGAAUAUGUGAUUAUCACGGAUAAGAAGAAACAAACUCUCGACUGCCAUGUUGCCAAGUGGGAUGCAUGUUUACCAUGUGAAGUAAACUAUACAUAUAUAGGCAAAAUGGAAACGUUCAAAGACGAUAUCACAAGUAUAUUGUCAGCUCUUCGGCAGUUCAAGAGUCUGGAUGCAAUGGAAGCUAAGUCCUCUAACCUUCAUGCUGAUGACGCUAUACAGGAUUCGGUCUCUGGACCUUAUGAAUGGCGGAAGGACAUUGUAAAGUGCAUGUCAUGGCCAGAUGCUCUGCGUAGAAUCUGGCGAAAGUUGCAGAUCCGAGGAGUAAUAGGGACCAAGGGCUUUUCCCUCUCCGAGUUUGAGGCCGAGUCUAUUAGUAGGACUGAUUACAUCAACGUUCUUAAGAAAGUUAGGGAGAAAAGCACAGCAAACGAAAGACAUAUGAUGAAGCAGUUAUCUUACAUUGAAGCAUACAGGAAUAUUCCUGAGGAAUUAUUAGACAGUAUUAAACAUGUAUAUAGAAAUGAAUUUAAUUUAUUCAAUUUUAGCACCGAUACUAAAAUAUUUCGACAGUCGGAUCAAUACAAUGCAAUAGGUUUUUUUAAUUACUCGAACAUCGAAAGUAAUAUUUUGUUGCAUACUAUGGAUUAAGUUAACUUUCUUUCAAAUAGCAUUCAUAGGAAAUUAAACACAAAAUAUUGUACAUUGCAUUGUUAUAACAGCAUACUGAUCACUUCUGAGGCAUACCUCAAAACAAAAUCAGACUAACAUAAAAUAAAGUCAGACAUCAAUAUCAUCGGGUUAAAACUAAUCUGUAAAAGUUCACUAAUAAGAAUUGUCGCUUAUUUAAUACAGCAAUAUUCAAGAACGUUUGUGAGGAAACAGAGCGAAUCAGCAGCCAAUUGUUUAAAACUGGUUAAUUCUGUGAUUUAGUCAAAGCUAGCCAAAAACUGAAUUGCUUGGUCAAUAUUUAUUUAAUAUUUACUAUUAAAAACCAACAUAUGUGUGCAGUUUAGCAACACUCAUCAUGAACAAUACACUCUAAAUAACAAUCUACCUCCAUAAAUAAAUAAAAGUGGCAGAAAUUAGUUAAGGAACCAUAUUUAAUACAAAAAGAGCAAUGAUGUUGAAUAUUAUUAUAAAUUGAUAGUGCUCUCAAAAUAAAGUUAAGAUGUUCAGAAGCUGUAUUUCAAUUUUAAACGGGGCGAUACGAAACGCUUGGCCUGAAUGAUCGUCUUUGUUUUGCCGCUUUAUGAUAAUAUCGAGUCAGAAACUCGAGUGUUAAUAUAGUAAACUUUAUGGUACUACAUGCAUUCUAUAUUUAGAAAAACAAAUACAACCAAAACAUUAUUUCAAACUAUUUCGGAUAUAGAUAAGCUGUCUUUUAUACAGUCAAAUAAUAGACAAGGCUAUGCCAGAAUCUGCAACUCUAUUCUUAUGCUUUUUAACUUUUAACAUUCUGUUAUUUUACUAAAAGCUACAACUAAGUGCUUAUCAGUUUAUGGCUGGUCUGACCACAGUGAUAAUGAAAGUGACAUAUUUUACUUCCAUUUUAAUGAUACAUGUCACUCAUGAUGAUAGAACACGUUAUUUUGAGCAUUUUAGUUUCCUUGUUUUAUUCCAAGAUUUUUCAUCUAUUUCUAGUUUCUUAUUGUAUAUAUGUAUAUAUAUAUAUAUACAACAUUUGGAUUUUGUCAUUAGACCAGGGGAUUUUGUUCAGAAUUCCAGGGGAUUUUGUUUAGAUUUCCAGGGGUUUUGUCAGUAGACCAGGGGAUUUGGUUAAGAAUGUCAGUCAUAAGACCAAAGGAUUUUGUCAUUUAUUAGACCAGGGAUUUUAAUUGAUCAGCAUAUCGCAACCGCACGAGCAUCAUUUGACGUUUUUCUACAUCCUGAAGUUUCAAACCCUAAAACGUUUCAUAACGCCGGAGGGGGAUACCUCCCUCUCGGAUCCACCCCAAACAAUCGUAACGUUUUGAGCGCUUCUUUUUCGAGGACAAGCACACUGCAGUCUUGUGUGAUUUUUUGUGACUUAUCUCGCUCGCCUGCUAAAUCGGGCCAUAGUGAAGUUCAAGGUCGUUCCUGAAGUUAAAAAGUCGUUGACUUCAAAUUAUGGUACAUGUACACAUCACAUACCAACUGAAAACCUCGUGGUCAUUAGCGAUUCUCUGGACUAAAAACGUAUCAUCUCAUGGCUAAACAAUUAUGCAGAAGUUUGUUUGCAUUUCUGCAAAAUGUGUGUAGUAUGCUUGAAAUAGACAUAAUAGGGGGUUAAGGUACAAAAAAUCGGCGUGGAAACAUUUACAGUCGAGUAAUAACCAAUGCAUAAAGUUUGGAAAAUAGGACUACAUGUAUAUGCAUACAAACACAGUUACCACAUGCACAGAUAUGCCAUAUUUGCCGAAAAAUACGAAAAUUUGGGGAUAACUUCAACAAGUUUAUUUUUAAACAUUGCCUCCUAAGCCACAAUCUGUUCAAUAACCUUUUUAUCUUUAAAGUUAUGAUACCAAACUAAGAAGUCGGUCGAAGAAUAUGUUGUUCGCCACAUACUGGACGCAUACAUUUUUUUCAAAAUUUAAAGAAAAAGUCCACUUAACAGGCAAAAAUUGGUACCAGAAUCGGUACUUUUCAUUCUAAAUCCGCCAUUUUGUUUGCCACGAAACACUUUCUCACUUAAUGUUUGCAUGAAACGAAAUUACGUCCUCCCCCUUGCAUAUAUGGUGCAUUUGAGUUUACAAAAGAAAACAUAGGUCCGCAAAAACACACAACUUCCCAUGUACGGUUUGCUAGCUAUCAUGGCUAUUAUAUGGUGUAAUUCAAUCUGAAACGCAUACGUAUUCAUCGGGUGACAAACUUUUGGAGAGACGCAAUUGUUUUUAACAAUAUUUGAUGUUUGAAAUUGCAAGUCAUGGUUUCAUCAUAGUUGUUUUAUAGGAAUUACAAAUUGACAAGUGCACGGUGGAGAACCCACGUGACUUAUUUGGUAAAGUGCACGGCAACUAAUGUCAACAAGUCUCGAUUCAGGUAAGGUUUUUAAAGAUAACUUGCUUAAAAUAUGAUUUUUGUAUGCAUUAUUUACGGCUUACAUUAAGUAAACCGAUAGAUUUGUCAAAAUCCGUGUACUUUGCCUUAGAUUUCAACUCUGAGAAAUCAGUUGGUCAAUAUUUUUAGGAAAACUUUAGGAUAUUAGAGAAAGUUCUUUGUUACCGUAGAUAGAGCUCUUAAAUGCAGGGUUUAUGGUCUUUAUUUCACAAGAAUUCUCCAAAUAUUAAGAAAGUUAUCUUUAAAAAUCUUACCUGAAUCGAGAAUUGUUGACAUUUGUUGCCGUGCACUUUACCAAAUAAGUCACGUGGGUUCUCCACCGUGAAGUAGCAUUCUGAUAAACGGUCGUUUACUCGAGCGUAAAACUGUUGGGAUUUUUUAUGUUCUACUAAAUUGAAAUAACUGCACGAACUACUUGCAACGUAGUUCAAUACACAUAAUUCUAACAAUGUAAACCGUCAUAAUACAGGGCAAUUUACAAAACUUCGGAAGUAACUACUAUAUGUGUAGCAUGCCUUUUUUAACAUUUGACAGUGACUCAACGCAUAGUUAUACCAUCUCAGAGCAUUUAGCUACUUUGCAGCUUUAUAGGAUUUGAAUUUCAAUGGUUUGUGAUUUAAAAAAAUGGCAAUGUUUGUUAAACUAUUUGUUUUUAUAUAUAACCAAAUGGCGUAAAAUAUAUAAACAUCAUGUCUUAAUUUGUGCUAUUUGUUAUAGGUGUAAACUAUUUAUGCAAUUCUUGUUAAACGUGUACUGUAGAGAAAGAUGCGAUGGCAAUAAAAAUGCUUAUGUUUUUUCAUAAAAGAUUGACGACGGCUAGAGUAUGAAGUAACUUAGAACU